AACUCAAGAAAAUGCCGCCAAAACCAGCAAAAGACGUGCCCAAAAAGCCUCCACCGCAAGUGGCACGCCCUCCGAUCAGUGAUUCUAGCCUAAUGUACAUUCCUGAUGAUGCGAUUGAAGGUUUUCAGGAACGAAUAGAAACAGGGAUAGACUGGACACUCAUUGAAACUGCUGCUAGACACCACAGGGAAUUGUGUCAGACUGACCUACCAACUAUCACGUUUACCGAAGCCCUGCAAAACAAAAUUAAGAAAAGCAUAUUUAACGGCUUCCUCGAUGAAGAGUCUGGUUUAACUUUGGACCAACAGUGGGAGUUACUGCUGCCUAUCACGUUGUGGGAUAACGAGAAGUUUGCUAACGAAGAAGGACAAACGUGUUUCAACAGUAUCAAUUGUAUCACUGAUGAUAUGGUAAAACUAAUCAAGAAAACAGUUAAAAUUGGUGAUAGAAAUGUUCUGAGGCGUGAAAUUAAAGCUGCGUCGGUUUUAAGAGUUAAUGACACCCAAAUGACGGAACUAGACAGCGGAUUAUUAGAUUUUCAAAAUCUAGUAAAUCUAAAUUUAUGUGGUAAUUAUUUAAGUGAAGUGGAUGGAAAACUUCUCCCACCUGGAAUAAGAUCACUGGAACUUCAAGCUAACCGCAUCAGAGAUGUUGGAACUUUUGUAGAGUUUUUGCCCUUCGACUUGUUGUAUUUAGGAUUAGCUAGGAAUUUUCUAGAAAACGAGUACAUUGAGUCUUUGGCGCGUCUACCAUUCCACAUUACAGUCUUGGAUUUGUCUGACAACGACAUCUAUCACCUUGAGCCGUUACUAGAUGUUUUAGCGCGGCUACCGAACAUGAGAGCGCUCCUGCUAGCCGGCAACCCGUGCGCGGUGUGUGCCGGCUACUCCCGUACUACCCUAAUGAGGUUGCCUCGCCUCAAGUGGCUGGACUCCCGCGAGGUCCUGCCCACAGACCGGUCAGCAGAACCGUUCGAGCCCCACCCUGAUGACUUGCGCUCUGCCUACUUUAACUUUACCAUAUUCCGCGUCAUGUCUGCUGCGCAACCGCCGAAACCAGAGAAGGGUGCAGUAACAACAUUUCAUGUAGAGUUGGAAUUGCCUCUUUUAGACGCAAAACGUCGUAAAUUCCUCAUGUUCCGCAACAACGAAUCACUGAUUGAGAUGCUGCCUCCACCUGAAGAUGAGGAAUGGCCAACCAAUAAAGUGCCCUCAUUGUUCAUAGAGAGCAAAAGCGCUUUAGAUACAGAGACGUCGCCCCAUGAAUCUGAUAUCUAUAACCACUUAACGGCUAAAAACUCUAGAGAAAUUGUCAAUUUUACGACCUUUGAAAGCAACAGGAUUCAAUGGAACAAAGUAAUGAACUUCCAAGAGCCGGCAGUCAGGAUCUUCUGCCCGGACCUGAUAGCUUUAAGAGAUACCUUCAGGACAAUCGUUACAGUUAGAUUGAUUUAUUCUGUGACGGUAGCUGGAAAACAAGGAAAGCCAGACAAGAAGAGUGCUCACUCGAUCAAGCAACCAGGAGAGCAGAGAGUGGUACUGGCCUCCAUCAAGUGUCACUUGCGACAGCCGGACUGGAGUCAACACUCCCAGCACUUCCAUUGGGACGACUCCUUGGGGACAAACGAUGCUAUACACUGGGGAGAUGGAGAUCUAUCUGUUCUGCAGUACAGUCAAGCGCCUGUAAAAGUAACGAAGGGCAAACAAGAGACCGACAUUGGAUCAUCAAGACAACUGCCCCCAGAAAAUCUUACAUGUCAUUUUGGUUUUGGUAUCGAUACCUUGAGAGCUUAAUUUAUAAUAAAUGCAA